UCUUCCAAACUCAUUGGAGAAUAAAAACACUUUUUUUUUUAACUCCAUUAUUUCAGUUGCCUUUUCUUUAUUCAUCACAAAGAGUAGCAGUUGAAGUAAAAAGAGAGAAAAAUGACAAAAAAAGCUUUCCAUCAAUCAAUUACACAAAGCUGCAGAAAUCAUGUUACCUGCUCUUUGAGUUAAAAUUCUUGAUCUGCUUUCUGGGGUUCCUCUAAAUUUUUAUACAUAUAUAAAGGUAAAAUUAUAGUAAUGGUAAUGGGGAAUGUGAGUGGGAAGAAGAAAGAAGGAGAAAGUGCAGAGAGCUCUGGAAUCAAGAAUCAAGAACAUGGAGAGGAGGAAUAUAUGGAGUAUGGUUUGUUUCCAGAUUCUAUGGUUCAGUCUCCUCCUCAUAGUCCUAAAGCUUAUCAUCACUCUCCUUUGGAUUUCACUCCACAGGUUCCAAUUUUCCCCUUACAAAGGCCUGAUGAAAUAUUAAUGCAAAAUCAAAGUGGUAACAUAGUGCAAAAGACAAUGGAGUAUGGGGAUAUGCCUUGUGAAAAUGGGAUACCAACAAUGAUCACAUGGAGUCAUGGGGGACAUGAAGUUGCUAUUGAGGGAUCAUGGGAUGGCUGGAAGACAAAAGAUUUCCUACAAAGAACAGACAAAGACUUCACUGUCAUGAAGGUGUUUCCAUCAGGCGUGUAUCAUUACCGGUUUAUUGUAGAUGGACAAUGGAGAUAUGCUCCAGAUUAUCCAUAUGAACGUGAUGAUACGGGAAAUGUGUUCAAUGUCUUGGACUUGCAGGAUAUUAUUCCAGAGGUCCUAAAUAACACCAAUUGGUCAGACGCACCUCCUUCCCCUGAGUCAAGCUAUAGCAAUGCACCUUUCAGUUCAGAAGAUUUUAGCGAAAAACUACCUGAUUUGCCGCCUCUGUUGCAACAGACACCCCUGGACCAACCGUCUUCAUCUGCUGGUAGUGUGGAGACAUUUCGGAAGCCAUUACCAGCAGUAUUGAACCAUCUUUACAUACAGAAAACGCGUAGCAGUCAAUCAAUGGUGGUACUAAGUUCAACACAUAGAUUUCGCACCAAAUAUGUGACAGCAGUACUUUUUAAGUCCUUGAAAAAGUGAAAACACUUCCGAAAUUUCCUGGAGUUGGAGAUUCGUUUUGAAUACGAAAGAUGAUAAUGUAAGAGAAGGUAACAAAGGUCUCUACUACAUGAUGCAAGUGCUUUUUUGUUGUUUUGACAAUCAUUUCAGAAGUAAGCAUCUGAAUCUUACAGAAAAUCUUGAUAUUUUUUGUAUCUUCACAUGAUAUUUACCAAUGUGAUGCUUCUCAAUAUCUGCAAGUGAUAUGUAUUUACAAUACACCACUGUAGUUUUUGAAAGAAUUAUAAUUUGUAGUUAUAGUUAGGAUUUUGUAGUUAUUUUUUUCUCUUUCCCUCUG